CCUAAACAACCCGAUAUCAAGAGAUCCACCCGGAUAUCUCUUGACUCAUCUCACCCUUCGAAAUCCUGGAGUUCCUCUCAGCGUGUCUGUGACCUGCAUGUCAAAGGUCUCAGCUGACUGCGGGGAUGCGAGACCUUAUCUCAUGAUCUAACUAAUUAACUAGCUGCUUUUCUCAUUUCGCGCCUGCUCCUCAGCCCUCUCUCACCUUCGUCCGUCCUGGAUUCCUUUCUUGGGCUUACUCCAACAUGUAAUUUGUUUCUUUGGUUCAUGUGGUAAAACAAAUAUCUCCGUUGCUGUUUCAAGUGCAGGCCACUCUCUUCGCAGUGCUUCUCGAACCAUUCUUUUCCUGGUACCCCCCAGCCUCCCUGUUUUUAAACCCUCCCCAAGACGGUCAAAGGGGGCUGGCAGAAAAGACAGUGCCAAGAAAACAAAGACCGGAAGAAUCCGACCGACCAUGUCCAAUACCGACCAGAUGGAGGAUCAGGGCCCUUCCUAUCCCAUCGAGCCGUCCAAUCUGGGUAGCGAAGAUAUGUCCUCGGGAACCCUCCGCCAGACCAAAAAUGCGACACAAUCGAGACGGAAUUAUGGUACCUUAGAAUCGCCCGCCAGGAUGGACCUUGAUUCCCAUCCGGAUGAAAGCCAGCCAGAAAGCUCGAGUCGGGUGCAUACGACGUCCACCACACCUCUACCGUCGGACAGGCCGAGGAAGCCAUCUGUGACACGCCGCAUGUCCUCCAAACGACAGGUACCUCAUAAAGGGCAAGAGUUUUCCACUGAGGACGAUGUGCAGGAGGUAGAGGAGGAUAUUGCCCUGCAACAAGCGUCCAACCCCCCGCCGUCGCCUCGAAUACGUCCCUUAAGAAAACAGAGCUCGACUCUGAGACGAAGACUCAACGCUCGCAUUAGCAGCCCAUUAACCCAACCAGACAGCGACAAUGAAGGCGAAGAAGGCCCCAGCCUACCUGAUCCUGUCACGGAAAUAGAGCCUUCCGCUGAACAGUCUGAGAGCGGGAGCCAUGAUGAUGACGAUAAAAACGAUGAGGAUGAGGCAGAGUCUAGUGAUGCGGAAAGCUUCACCUUGAAGGAUCGCCAGCAGGCGAUCAAUGAAACGCAUCCAUUUGGGAUAAGGCUUUGGAAACCUGCCUUGUACAAGAAGAGUCGCUCAGUGGAGAAGACUGCUGAAGGCGAUAUUCAUUCGUCGCCUGGUGGUCGCGUGGGCAACUUGCUGUUCCUGACCAACCUUCUGUGGACAGUGUUCUUCGGAUGGUGGCUAGCCUUGGCUGCGCUUACAGGCGCUGUCGCUUGUUUCGUCUUCGCAUAUUCACCCAGUGCAGUAGAAUAUGGACGGGUCUUCUCGGGACUUUCUUGGUACUUGAUCUAUCCUUUCGGUUCCUUCGUCCGCCUUGACACGGACGAAAAUUACGCCGAGGAAGACGAGGGUGAAGGCCGCAGCAUUAGCGAGUACGAACAGUGGCAGAACGGUGACCUCGAACAUGGCCGGCUGUUCUUCGGCCCUCGACGCAACCGGUCCCUUGUCGGGAGGAGAAGAAGUAGCGUCGACUCGGCCAGUGAGCAGGAUAGUCUUUUAGGGCGAGCACAGAGGGGCAGCCCGCGAGAGAAUCCACUCAGCCAUCCCAAGCGGCGUUUAUUCGGCCGCGGCGAGUGGACGCUUGGCCGCGUCGUAUUCUUCGUCUUCUUCUACUUUCUCGUAGGACCUCUAAUGCUUCUAGUUUCGCUUCUCUGCUGGUUACUUGUCUUCUGGAUCCCCAUGGGACGCGUGACCAUUAUCCUCUUUGACCACCUUCGUCGUCACCCUUUGGCCUUGUCAUAUCAUUCCGACACGACCUACACCAGGCUAAGUCCCGGGUCUUCCUCAUCUAUCCUGUUAUGCACUUAUCGCGCAGCGGGUCUGAGAUAUUGGAAGUAUACUGUCGGCGGAACGAAUAUCUUCUUGAUCAAUCUUCUCGGUGUUGUAUUAUUUGUCAUUAUUGAUUACUUUCUUCUCAGUGAGACGCUGGGUCUCCAAACUGCGAUCACCCACCCAGGCUUUAUUUUCACCCUUGCCCUCGUCUCAAUUAUUCCGCUGGCCUACUUCAUCGGGCAGGCCGUUGCAUCGAUCUCUGCUCAAUCAUCCAUGGGCAUGGGUGCGGCUGUCAAUGCUUUCUUUUCAACCGUAGUCGAAGUCUACCUUUACUGUGUUGCAUUAACUGAAGGCAAAGGUCAACUUGUGGAGGGCAGUCUUAUUGGUAGCAUAUUUGCGGGCAUUCUGUUUCUCCCUGGUCUCUCCAUGUGCUUUGGCGCCAUUAAGCGCAAGACUCAACGGUUCAAUGUCAAAUCUGCGGGUGUCACGUCGACAAUGCUAAUGUUCGCCGUUAUUGCGGCAUUCGGGCCCACACUCUUUUACCAGAUAUACGGCAGUCACGAACUUAACUGCCGCUUGUGUGUUACCACAGUCGGAACCGAGGACAGUGAUUGUCGUCGCUGUUAUUUCUCUCAAACGCCGGCCGUUAACGACAGUUUUUUCCGGAAGGCGGUCCAGCCAUAUUCGUGGUUCGCUGCACUAUUCUUGUUUCUGUCCUAUGUCAUCGGAUUGUGGUUCACCCUUAGGACCCAUGCUGCCCUCAUCUGGGCUACGGAAGUAGAGGAGAAAAAGGCUGUAGCCCUCGCAAACGAGCAAGCUUCUUAUGAAGCAAGACACGGCGACCUUCCUCACCUCUCGGCUGGUGGUACCGGGGGAUCCAUCACUAAGGGCUCUGUUCGGGAUUCGCAAUUGUAUAAGCGUAUCCUGGGGCAGUCCCUCAAGCAGGUUGGGCUGUCCGAUAACCCCACUGACUAUACUAUUGCUCAGUCAGACUCGGCCUCCUCAUUGCAUGGCAAAAGCACGACGCCAUACCUUGUACCUCCUCGAACGGAAGGCGACGAUAGCAACUCGAGGCUGAAGAGCUUCGGUGGUUUGUCUAACGAAGACAAUGAGAAUCUUGUACGCCAGGUAACGGAGGUUGCAGCGACAGCUGCUGCUGUUGCCGCCCGUGAUGCGGCCCGAACGAAAAAGCCUUUUGUUCAACAAGCUGCCACACGCCAAGCAAACAAAGGUCCCGCUGAUCAAGUGAAGGUUCUACUGGAGGAAAGUGAGGAUAUUGGGUUGGAGCCUGGCAAUGCCAGCGGUGGCCAUGAUGCGCCCAACUGGAGCAAGGCUAGGAGUUCCAUAAUUCUCCUGGGCGCUACUAUUCUCUAUGCCAUCAUCGCCGAGAUUCUUGUAAACACCGUAGAUGUGGUACUGGAAAGUGUCGACAUCGACGAAAAGUUUCUUGGGAUUACGCUUUUUGCCUUGGUUCCCAACACCACUGAAUUCCUGAACGCUAUCUCCUUUGCAAUGAACGGCAAUAUCGCGCUGUCCAUGGAGAUCGGUUCAGCCUAUGCCCUCCAGGUUUGCCUUCUGCAGAUCCCCGCUCUUGUUCUGUUUAGCGCAAUAUAUGCCCGAGUUCUCGAUCCGUCUCAGUUGCUAAGCCAUACAUUCAGCCUUAUUUUCCCCCAGUGGGACAUGGUGUCGGUAAUACUAUGUGUGUUUCUCCUCUCCUACGUACACGGAGAGGGGAAAAGCAACUACUUCAAGGGUUCUAUACUCGUCCUCACCUACCUUGUGGUUGUGAUUGGUUUCUAUCUAUCAGGCUACAGCAAUCUGGAGACCAUGGGCAUCGAUCGCUUUGAUACAUUGGCCCUUGGCUCGGGCGCAACCGAGAAGUUUUACACAAUCGGUAGGUCCAGGAGUGGGAGGGCAUUUUGAGUGAAUACCAUUUCCAGUCCUCCUCUCUCCAUUUUUGCCCCAGAUUGGAAGAAUCUUUAUGCUCCUUGAUGCGCUGAAAAUACUACCCACAUAUCGGGUUUUGAGGCACAUGACCCGGUGGCAAAACAUGUGCAUGGCUGUUACGACCUAGAGUCUGACAAGAUUGCCCAACAGCUUUGCGUACUCGUUGGGGUCUUAUGGAGGAUGUAUAUCUGCCACAUCGCUGAGUUUGUAUAAUUAGACCCAUUGUAUUCUGGUAUUCAUGGCCUGUUACUAUCUAUCAUACAGUGCUGUCUUUCACUCAAUUUACGGCCGUCAUGCUCUAUCCCCUUCAUGACACUACUGAAAAGAAGCC